UGGAAGUGAUUGGAACACCUGAAUUCAAUGAUUUGUAUGGGUUGUUUUUGAAUAACUAGGUAAGAAGUAAGAAGCUAAACAGGCACAGAGAAACUGACAGAGUGUAAGACCUUUCAGAUUCAUGGGCCUCUUCAAUAAUAUCAAGUUUUUUGUGCUGUGCCAUGGAAUGCUGCAGCUUGCUCAGCUGUUGGUGUCUGGCUAUCUGAAGGGCUCCAUAUCCACCAUAGAGAAAAGAUAUGGCCUCUCCAGUCAGAUGUCUGGAUUGCUGUCCUCAUUUAAUGAGGUGGGAAACACAGUUCUCAUUGUGUUUGUGAGCUAUUUUGGGAGUCGAGUGCACCGACCCAGGUGCAUUGGUAUAGGAGCAAUAAUAGCAAGUAUGGCUGCAUUCCUCAUAGCACUGCCUCACUUUUUCAGUGGAGAAUAUGAAUACACAGAUGACCAAAACAGCACCAAAGUGAAUGUCUCUGGUCUUUGCCAACCAGUAAGCACUGUCCAGGCUCAAUUGUUCAAUAAAACUUGUUCAAAAGAGGACAGUCAUGCCCACCAUGCAGUGUAUCCUGUACUCCUCCUUGGCCAGCUGCUGUUGGGCAUUGGUGGUGUUCCAAUACAACCCUUUGGAAUUUCAUAUGUAGAUGAUUAUGCAUAUAAGAAGAAUUCACCAUUCUAUCUUGGAAUACUCUUUUCAAUAACUGUGAUUGGACCAGCACUUGGUUACCUGAUGGCUUCAUUCAUGCUUCGUUUAUAUGUGGACUUCAACUUAGACUCUUCUGAUAGUAUCAACCUGACAAAAGAUGAUCCCCGAUGGGUUGGGGCUUGGUGGAUGGGCUUCCUUUUAGCUGGUACUCUGCUCUUCCUUACGUCCUUGCCAUACCUGUUUUUCCCCAGAAAAAUGCAAACAGAGGAAACCACAGAGGCCCCUGUGAAACCCACAUCAGAGAAGUUUAUAAAAAAGAAUGACAUGAGCUCAAAUCAGAUGCAUGAACUUUCACUCAGCCAGUUCCUUAAAAGAUUCCCACACAUCAUGUUGAGAACUCUGAGAAAUCCUAUCUACCUUCUGGUGGUUCUGGCCCAGGUGAACCUAGCAGCCAUGAUUGCUGGGAUAGCUACAUUCAUGCCCAAAUUCAUUGAGAGGCAUUUCAUGAAACCAGCCACCUUCUCCAACUUGAUGAUUGGUGGUUUAAUCAUCCCAUCAGCCAUGCUGGGUAUCAUGGCAGGAGGCAUGGUCUUGCGCAGACUCAGUCUGUCAAUUAGAGCCUCUGCAGUCAUGUGCAUUGUUGCAGUUCUGAUGGGCAGCAUGUUCGCUUUGCCACUGCUUUUUCUUGGCUGUUCAACGCAGAGGAUUGCUGGGAUCUACCCUAACAAUAUUUCCCCCCCAAGAUCUCAGCAGUGCAGUCUGGAUUGCUCCUGCUCCAGUGAGGCAUUCAAUCCGGUGUGCAGCUCUGAUGACAUAGAGUUCCGCUCUCCAUGUCAUGCAGGCUGCAGACAGGGAUCCUAUGAUGAGAAAAUGAAAGUUUGGAACUACACAGACUGUUCAUGUGUGGGGUCCAAUAGUCUCCCUGGCUUCACUUUGUCCAGAAUAUGUGAUAAUGGCUGCUCUCAUCUCAUCAUCCCUUUCUUGAUUUUGUCAUCCCUUUCAUGUUUGUUGGUCUCCUUCUCCCACACCCCGUCCUUUAUGAUGAUUCUCAGGACUGUGGCACCAGAAGACAAAUCCUUUGCACUGGGAAUCCAGUUUAUGCUCUUCAGAGUACUCGCAUUUCUGCCAGCCCCUGUGCUGUAUGGAAGUGCUAUUGAUUCCACCUGUAUUCUAUGGGGGCAAAAGUGCAACAAGAACACCUCAUGCCAUUACUACAACUUAGAUCUGUUUAGACAACGAUUCCUUGGACUUCAGAAUUUCUUCAUUGUUGGUGGCCUGGCCUUUUUCGUUCUUUCCUUCUUGGUUCUGAAGAGAAUGGAUUCCAUCAGGCAACUGCAAACAGAACAGGGAAGCAAUGUGGCCACAGGAAAGAAAGACCAGGAAACAAGUCUCCAAAAGGCAGCUUCUGUUCCGCUCUAGCAAUGUGAGGCAUGCAGUAUUUUGUGCAUAUAUUGAAUCUGGGACAUCUUCUGUAAGAUUGGUAUUUUCUGGUUCCUGCGAAAAGGAAAGAGAAGGUUAGUGGCCUGCAUUAGCAUUGGAAUAUAAUUAGCAAUGAUUUGCUGUUCGCUAUCUAAGUUAGAAGAGCUACUUCCUAGACUGAGAUCUGGCAUUAUGAGACAGAAAGCUAAUCUUCAGUGUGAAUAAUGACUGCUAUAAGUCACUCUAAUCACGUAUAUUAUAUUCUCAUCCCUAAAAUGUAGAAGCCAACAGUCACAUAGUCUUGGAGCACAUAAUACACAUGUUGCAUGUGUUGCACACACGUGUGGAUUCUUG